AACGGCGCCUCCACCACGCGGAGCAGCCUCAACGUAAACACGUUCGGGGAUCGAGGUCGUCGGCAGCAUGGGUCGUGCAGCCAAUUACCACUUAAAACCAAAGAAAGGACCGGGGAGAAAGGCUAAAAAACAGCAGGCGCCGGUUUUUCAAUUCAAAGAUGAAGAUGGAGAAGAAAAGAAGCUUAGUAGAAGACAGAAACUUCGGGCCAAGAAACGAAAGCUGAAAAAUAAAGAGCCAGAAAUUGUUGCUCCGAAGAAAGCCAGGAAUUGGGCACCAGAAUCAGAAGAAGAAGAUGCUGGUAGCGAUGGACAACAGCUCGACUCCCCAGAAGUGUCAGAUGAAGAACUGGAGGAACAGACAAGUGGAAAACCAAAAUCUACUUUGUUUGAUGAUGACGACGAUGAUGAUGUGAAUGGCUUUGAUGAAAUGGACGAUGAUGAUGUUGAUAGCUAUGAUGAUUUCGAUGAAGAUGAUGAUUAUGAUGAUGACAUUGAAAAACUAUCCAGAAAAUUGGAAAAGAAAAAGAAAGCUGAGGAUGCUGAAGGUGAUGCAUAUAUGGAAGAAGCAGCUGGGAAAAUUGAAAUACAGAUUCCAACAAUCGAGGAAGUGGAGAAAGAAUUGUCAGAAAAUCCCGACCUAGCAAACGUCCAGUCUCGCAUCAAGGACAUUGCUUUCAUACUCUCUGAUUUCAGUAAUAGAAGAGAAGAGGGGAGAAGUCGGUCUGAAUAUCUAAGUAUCUUUCUGAAGGAUCUCACCACGUACUACUCGUAUAAUGAGUUUCUCAUGGAGAAGAUCUUGCACAUGUUUGGCGUCACAGAGCUAGUGGAGUUCCUGGAGGCUAAUGAGCGUCCAAGACCAGUGACCAUCCGCACCAACACGUUGAAAACGCGACGAAAGCUCUUGGCCAGUGCUCUCAUCGACCAGGGUGUAGAUGUUGAUGUAAUUGCAUGGUCAAAGGUGGGCCUCAUUGUUAUGCAGACACCGGGAUCAGUAGCACUGGGAGCCACACCACAGUACCUUGCUGGACAGUACCUUUUACAGGGAGCAUCAAGUUUCCUUCCAGUGAUGGCUCUGGCACCCAAAAAUGGAGAAAAAGUGCUUGACAUGUGUGCUGCACCUGGUGGAAAGUCAACACAUAUCGCUGCUAUCAUGAAAAAUACUGGUAUGAUUGUCAGUAAUGAUGUACAUGCUGCUCGAGUUAAAGCGCUUGUGGGCAACUUUCACAGAAUGGGAAUCACCAAUUCCUUGAUUACCAACAUGGAUGGACGUAUGUUUGCCAAGAAAAUGCCAGGAGCCUUUGACCGCAUUCUACUAGAUGCGCCCUGUUCGGGCACAGGUGUCAUCAGCAAAGAUGAGAGUGUGAAGAUUACCAAGGAUGCCAAGGAUAUUCAGAGAUGCUCUCACCUUCAGCGAGAACUCCUACUGGCGGCUAUUGACUCUGUACACAAAUACAAUGGAGAAAACGGCUAUGUUGUAUAUUCCACGUGCUCCAUCUUGGUGGAAGAAAACGAGGAAGUUAUUGACUAUGCCUUGAGGAAGAGGAAAGUAAAGCUAGUGCCAACAGGCUUAGAAAUUGGCAAGCCAGGAUAUAUUCACUACAGAGGGCACAAGUUUGACCCUAACAUGCAUCUGUGCAAGCGCGUGUACCCCCAUUCCUAUAACAUGGACGGCUUCUUUGUUGCAAAGUUAAAGAAACUGGAUGACGGACCAAGAAUUACUGCACAGGAAGAGACGACAGAAGAGACAGCAGAAGAGAUGGGGGGAGGAGACUGAGCAAAAGGAAGAAGAGGCAGAAGAGAAAGAAAAGAAAGCAAAGAAAGGGAAGAAAACAGGGAGAGCAUUAAUUGGAAAGAAAGUGCUGACUGGAAAGAAAGUCUUGAAUGGAAAGAAAAUAUUGAAUGGAAAGAAAGCAGUGAAUGAAAAGAAAGCAGUGAAUGGAAAGAAAGCAGCGAAUGAAAAGAAAGCAGCGAAUGAAAAGAAAGCAGUGAAUGAAAAGGAAGUAUCUGAUGAAAAGAAACUUGUAAAUGGAAAGAAAGUAUUGAACGGGAAGAAAGCAGUGAAGGGAAAGAAAGAAAUGAAAGAAGUCAGUGAUGAAAAGCAAGGAGUGAAAGAAAAGAAUGGAGUGACUGGAAAGAAAGAAGUAAAAGCAGAGAAAGAAAUGACGGGAAAGAAAGGAAUUAAAGGGAACAAAGAAAAGAAAGGGAAAAAAAUGAAGAAAGUGAAGAAAUGAUUGUAGAUAUUAGUGUAACAAAAUAAAUAAAAAAGACUGAAAGUGACUUUAUAUAUUUGAUUACCAUUUUAGGUCUGGUAAGAUAGAUGUGGAGGGAAAGUGUUACUUAUAGCACAGGUAUACAUGUUUUAGGUAUUCGUUAUAUGUGAAUUUUUUCAUGUUUGAAUUUGACACUGUAUGAAAGUUAAUGCAAAGGUGAGACUGGAGACAGAGGUUAUGCAAAUGAUUGAUAUUUAAAACAUGUAAAAUUUAUGUUACAGAAAAGUGUGUUGUUUGCAAGCAUUUUGCAUCGGAAGUAUUUUUCUAAGUGUGAAAGAAUGUUUCUCACGGUGUUUCUGUUAAUUUACAUGGUGUAAUAUAGUUUGUUAUGUUUUACAGGUAAUUUUAAACACUUUUUUUCUUUCCAGUAAAAUGACUGACACAAAUUCUCAAGUUUUAUCCUUCCCAUGGAAAGUAAAUAUAUGUAUAUAUGUAUGUUGAA